AUGUGGAUUGAGCUGAGGCGUGUGAGUUCGUCCUUAAAUAGAGACCAAGCAGCAUUUGGAUCAGAGUGGUUUGCUAUUUGGAAAGAGCUCGAGAAGGUUUCUGUUGGUGCCUCUGAUGACCUGUCGAUGCUUGGCAUGUUGAAGUCGCCAAGCUUUCGAUACAGCAUUCAGUUCAAGGGAACGAAAAGCCAUGGCAAUGCAGACGGACUCACACGAUUACCACGCGCGCAGUGUGCCAAACAAAUCAAUGGGUAUGAAGUUGAUGGAACAUUUGCGCUUGCAAGCGAGCAGUUUGACGCACUACCAGUGACAUGUAAAGAAGUGAGACAGACGACCGCAAAAGAUCCGGUGCUCUCGAGAGUGUACGAUAUGGUCAUGAAUGGUUGGCCACGCGAUGAUGACGCAACCGAAGUAGCCGCGUUUAGAAAUAGGCGAAAUGAACUCAGCGUGCAUCAAGGAUGUUUGCUUUGGGGACUCAGAUUCGUCCUACCCGAAAAACUGAGAAAACGCGUUCUGUACGAGAGCCACGAGGGACAUCUUGGUAUCGUCAAGAUGUCAGCUGUCAGCAGAAGUUUCGUUUUGUGGCCAGGGAUCGACGCAGACCUGGAAAACUUAGCGAAACAGUGUGAAGGGUGUCAACUUUACAAAGCAUCUCCAAGUGCUUCGCCGGUGCAUCCAUGGGAAUGGUCACAACGUCAUUGGCAAAGAGUGCAUGCAGACUUUGCAUGA